ACCCCAACACUACAUACGUCACUGAAAUGUCAUUUCGCCAACAAGUGUCAAAUUUUUAAUUCGUCCGACGUCCGACCACCACCGAACUUAUCUGCAACUUAUUGUCAAUUUUUGCCCUUCAUUUUCCUACAUAGCUCAAUCUCCAGCUGGAACCAUGUCCGAUAGCCAGACAAACGACAACAGCAGUUGCGUAGUGUGUUUCAAGACUGUGCUGUAUUACUCAAUCGGUGAAUGCGACCACCCUGUGUGUUUCGAGUGCUCCACUCGCAUGAGGGUGCUCUGCCUCCAGAAUGAGUGCCCGAUAUGCCGACAAGCUCUCGCUAGAGUUGUGUUUACUGACACUGUGUUACCAUACAAAGAACUUCGUAACCGGGCAUUCAGUGACAAACUUUUUGAGAGACAGUAUAAAAUAGCGUACUGCAGUGAGGAGAUCAAGAAUGCAUACACCAAGUUGCUGGAGAACCAGUGCAAUUUGUGUGAGAACCUCGCACCCUUCCGCAGCUUCAGCGCGCUCAGUGACCACAUGAGGAAAGUGCAUGAGAGAUACUACUGCGAUCUCUGUGUCAAACAUCUCAAGAUUUUCACUAGUGAAAGAAAAUGCUAUACUCGUCAAGAACUGGCUCACCAUCGACGGAAAGGAGACCUUGAUGACACAUCACAUAGAGGCCACCCCCUCUGCGAGUUCUGUGAAGAACGCUUCAUGGACGCCGACGAGCUGUACCGUCACCUGCGCAAGGAACACCUGUACUGCCACCUCUGUGACGCGGACGGGAGGAACCACUACUACGCGUCCCACUCGGCGUUGGCCCACCACUUCAGAACGGAGCAUUAUCUUUGUGAAGAGGGGGAGUGCGCCGGGCAGCAUCUCACCGCUGUGUUUAGGAGCGAAAUUGAUCUUAAAGCCCACAAAGCGUCGAUCCACGGCGCGGGGCUGACGCGCGGCGCGGCGCGGCAGGCGCGCACGCUGGAGCUGCAGUUCAACAUCACGCCGCACGCGGUCACCCGCCACCAGGGGCCCAGGGACCGAGAGCGGGAGCGAGAGCGCGACCGCGACCGCGAGCGCGAGCGCGACUGGGUUGGGCCGGAAGCCCCGACGCAGGCGCCGCCGCCGCGCAUCGACACCCGCAGCAACGCAGACUUCCCCAGCCUCAGCAGCGCCGCCCCCGCGCCCCUGCUGCGCGCCGCGCCGCAUACUGUUUAUAAGAGUGUCGAGGGUCUGACUCGGACAGACAAGAACUUCCCCGCAUUAUCUGGUGGCGGUGGUGGCCCCUCCCGCCCCGCGCCAACCACCGCCCGCGCGCCCGCGCCCGUUGCUGCUACGCUAUUGAGGAAUGCAAAGCCCAGCGUGUCGAUUCAGCUGCACAGCCAGCCGGCAUCAGCCAGCAACUUCCGGCUCACGCAGCCAACCGGCAACCGCAUCUCCAUUCCGCAGCAGAGGAAGCAGCCAAUCAGCGCGCUCUCCGAUGACGACUUCCCGUCGCUCGGAGUCGCCAGGGACGACCAUCCCAGCAUUGGGGCUGGGACUGUGCAGCCGGCUAAGGUAACGCUCAUCAACAGCAACGAAAUGCAAGCGCUCAAGAAGAACCAAUCGCAGCAACAGAAGAAGAAACCGCAACUCAGUUCCGAGGCAUUCCCCGCGCUGUCGUCCGGCCCCGCUCCCGCCGCGCCCGCGCAGUGGGUCAAGGUCUCCAAGCAGAAGGACAAGGCCAAGCCGGCCAGAUCCGAACCGGUCACCCCCCGCGAGCCCAGCUUCAACCCCGUCGCAGACUUCCCCACGCUACCCGUCAACAACACCAAGCCGAAAGCCAAGAAAGUCGCGCCCGCCCCCCAACUCCCGACUAGCCAGCCGGAGACUAAGAACCCCUCCAAGAAGGAGAAAAAGAAGAAUAACAACAAGAAGGAGAACUUAGUCGAGACGAACUUCAGUUCGCACGAGCAGAAGCCGGCACGGGAGAUGGCGCAGGUUCUCGCCAACAUCAACAACAACAGCUCUCCCGAUGAUAACAAGGUGAAGCUGGUAGAGGCGGCAGAGAAGAACAUGAACGGAGGCACCGGGGACUUCGCGCUAGCGGCACAGGACUACCCGCCGCUGCGCAAGGGGGAAAGCUCCAAGCGGCCCAACGGCAGCGUGAAGCCGCCGCCGGGGUUCAAGCCGCGGCCCGCGUGCGACGGGCUCACCUUCACCAACUCGGCCGGCCAGAGCUUCCCCGCGCCGCUGCACUCCUACAUCCCGCCGCCCAACUUUGAAAACCGCAACCGUGCGCUCGUCAAAAAGUUUGCGGCAGCUUUAGGCAGCGCGCCGGCUAUGGAGGAGUUUAAAAGCGUCUCUCGAGCGUUCCGAGACAGUCUGAUCAACGCGGAUGAAUUCUACAAUCAUUGCAGAAGGUCGCUGGGCUCGCAGUUCGAGGGGUUAUUCCUGGAGCUGAUCGCGCUGCUGCCGGACAUCGCCAAGCAGCAGGAGCUGGUGGUGGGGCGCGGCGCGGCGGCGCGGCUGGCCGUGUGCGCCACGUGCGGGCAGCUGCUGGCGCCGCCGGACCAAGCGCCGCACGACGCCGCGCACUGGCCGCCGCUCUCCUCACGCUAGCCACCCCGACUCGACCACUGCCAUGCUAAAUAUGACGGAGUAAACACGCUUGACCACAGUCUUCAUUUGUCUAAAUGUUGAGUAAAAUUGUCGUUGAAUGGUGACGCUGACGGUGCGAGAGCGUGUCCUUUUAAUACACAGAAUUUUAUAAAUAAAUCGAUUUAAUUUUUGUUACGUUAUGCCUAAUUAAUCCUCGAACUUGUGAUGGACAUGUAUAAAACUGUUAAUAGUUAUUUUUCAUAAAUUAUCUUAUUGAUUUAGCCAGUCGUAUAGUGCGAUCCAUUUCAAACAGAUACAACAGUUUAUUUUAUGAAUCAUAGUCGUAAAAAUGGUGUGUGUUGUCCGUAUCUAACUUUGAUUUGACCGCUUUACAUUCACACAUUGCUGAUACAGGGCUAUGUUAAGUUUUUACUAUAAUUUACCUAAUCUAAAAGAUUGUAGACAAUACAGAAAAUAUUCAUGUUGAAAUCUAUGAAAGUAGAAUCCAAUUUUGACUUGUAAUUACGAAUUACGUAUAUAAGUAUCAACCUAUUUGUGAAAUUUACUUUCGCAGUAUCCAAAAGAUGUAAUUGUAUAGAGAAAUGUGAAAUAAACAUUGUAGCUGAAACAAGUUACGUACAGGUGUAUAAAACUGUUUCCUAAUUCAUAUUUAUAAUAUUUUUGUACUGUUCAUAGUGAAUGAACACAUUAUCUUUGUCUAAAACAUUUUUUGUUGAGCCUU